AUGAACCCGACGGGGCGGGUGGCACUCCCGCGCGCCAUUAUGCUCCUCGCCAUCGGCGCGCUCGGGCUCUGUCUCCUAUGGGUGGAAUUCGCCGUCGUGGGCGGUGGCGGAAGGGCAGCAGACCCCGCCGUUCGGGCCGCCGUGGCCGGGAGAAGGACUCACGCCCAGGCGGCCGUCAGGUCGCCGGACGCGUGGCGCAGCCGCGAAUGGAGACAAGCGGUAGACCACCAUGCCGCCGUCCUCCGAAGACACCUCGCGGAUGGCAUGCUCUCCGCGUCCUCCCACGCCGUCUGCCUCGGCGGUGCCCAGGAGGCGAUGGCGCUGCGGGAGCUCGGCGUGUUCGGCGCCGUCGCAGUCGCCAAGAAGCGGUCCCCGCCCCUCACCGUAGCCGGAAGCGACCACCAACUCCCGUUCCCGGACUCCUCCGUCGACUUCAUCUUCGCCGGACGCGCCCUAGACUCCUCCAAACGCCAGGCCGACCUCGCCACCGAGGCGGCACGGAUUAUGAAGCCGGACGGCCACCUCGUUGUCCUCACGUCCGGCGCCAGCGACGCCUACAGCCUCCGGUCCCUCCAGUCUCUUUUCCCGUCCCUCGGAUUACUCCGAUCGCGCGAGACCAACGGCCGGGAUGGCUCCACCCUCCGGGAGCUGGUCUUCCGGAAGCAUGCAGGCAUUUCCUCCACCACCAGCAGCAGCACGUCCUCCUCCUCCCUCAACGGCAACAAUCCCGCGAGCAACUGCACGUAUCGCGACCACCAGCACCGAAUCAUCGACCUCACCGAGCCGCUGAUCCAAGAAGAGCCGGCGAAGCCAUGGAUCUCGCUGAAGAGAAACAUCAAGUACCUGCCAGCGCUCGCCGACAUCGGCUUCAAGCGCCGCAUCGGCAGCCGGUUCCGGAAUCAGUACCCAAAGCAGAACCACACCUUCAAGGUCUUCGCCGUUGAGGCCGACCCUGCGUUCCAUGCAGAGUACGCCACCAAGAAAGGCGUCACCUUGCUGCCCUACGCCGCCUGGGUCCGGAACGAGACGCUCAUGUUCGAGAUCAACGGUGGCCCGGCCGGCAAGAAGAAGGGCGCCAACAGUAACUCCAGAAAGCCGAACGGCCGUGGCAUGGGCCGCAUCAGGACCGCGGCCGGGGCGACCAACGGGGUGUCGUCAGGCGAGUUGCGGCGCGUCCCGGCGUUCGACCUCGCCGAGUGGCUGAAGCGGACGGUGUCGGAACAGGACUUCGUGGUGAUGAAGAUGGACGUGGAGGGCACCGAGUUCGACCUCAUCCCGAUGAUGCUCGACACCGGGGCGAUCUGCCUCGUCGACGAGCUGUUCCUCGAGUGCCAUUACAAUCGGUGGCAGAGGUGCUGCCCUGGUGGGCGGUCGCCCAAGUACCAGAACACGUAUGGCGAGUGCCUAGAGCUGUUCACCUCGCUCAGGGACAGCGGCGUGCUUGUGCAUCAAUGGUGGUGA